AUGGAUGGCUACCUUGAGCGGCUCGACGAGGCUGUUCAACGCCAAGGGCACGCCAUGAACGCAUACUUCCAACGCGUUAACUACGUCCCCCCACCGUACCAUGGCACGUUCUUUGGGCAAGUGUACGGUGACGAGGACGAAGAGGAUGGCUCCUACGCCCCGUCAAGCUCCCCGGACGAGGAAGAGUUCGAUGACGCCGUUGACGGUGAUGAGAUGGACGUCGACGACGACGACGAGGAAACCGAAGACGAAGACUAGGCCGCCCCUAGAAUUUCUAUCUCUUUUGUUUUAAUUAUCAUGUCUCUUAAUGCUUCCGUUGUACUCCGCUAUUUCCCAUCUUCAAUAAAUAAAAAAUUAUCUUUUAUCCUUUUUUUAAUGUCAAAAGGGGGAAGAAAAGGGCUAUGCAUAU